AUGAACAACUUUCUUGCCGUAUGUGUUUUGAUGGUCUUUGGGGUAAACUUAUGUGACGGACAAUGUAGAACGUUUAAUUCUGCUCCACAGUUGGAUGGCGCAACACCACCACUAGGGUGUUAUUGGAAAGACGAAUUUAUCGGCGUCAUGUCACAUCUUACAAAGAACUGUGAAACAUGCUACUGUAGCGAGGGAGGUGUUUUGAGUUGUUGCGUUAAUGCUAUGCAUAUCGUACAAGUGCCUGAUGAUUGUAAAAUAGUUCCAGCAGAAGACGGUUGUGGUGACCGGGCUGUGAAACUGGACAAUGAAAAUGAGGAUUGUAUGCAUGGUGUCGCUGCAGUCAGUCGAAGGGACUUGCAAUGA